UUAGAAAUUUGACAAACUUUUUGGAUAAAAGCUAAAUUCAAGGUGCAUUUAAUAUUAAUGUUAAAUACGCCUUGGCUAAAUUCUUUACGGAAAAUACUAUAUUUUUCAAGUUUCGAUACAUGAUGAGUGACACAUCAAGUGAAAAUGGUGACGCAACAUACAAGAUUAUUGGUGAUGAAGCCUAUACCCAUGAUAACAUUAUUAUUAAGAAUGUAUAUAUGGAUUUACCAAAAAUUGCCUCCGAGAAAAAUACUUUGAAACAUUUUGGGGAGUUUGGUAAAGUUUCGUCUUACCGAUGGGUGGAGGAGGGUAAACUCAAACGCUGUUAUAUAAAUUUUUGUGAUGCUAAAGUUGCGGCCAUAGUUUUAGACAGCUGCGGUCAUGAAUGUCAGAAUAACCAGGUUGAGGUGCAUGCUUGUGAGAGUUGGCAGCAACCAGAUGGUGAACGACGCAUUAUUCAAAUACUAACUGAACAUACUGGAACUGAUAACAUACGUUCCAAUGCAAAACCAGACCAUGAAGCUCUAAUUUUAACUUUAAACGAUGAUUGCCUAGAAUGCAUUUGUAAAAAAUUACCCGCAGGCGAUCAAAUAAAUUUUGCACUUACAUGUCAACGUUUUAGUGGCAUUUUGAGAUUGCUAGCAAGUGUUGAAUACCGCCUUUUAAGCACAGAUAUUUUUUCUUUGAAAAAGUUAACACAAUUUCAAAUUAAAAUAUUUCUUUUAAUUGUGGGACCACAAGUAAAAAUUUUGUUGGCAUUACUGCAUUUUGAUGGUUUCAAUACAUCUCCUAGUACAGAAACCUUAGGAUUAAUAGAGAAGUUGGGAUCAUACUGCACAAAUGUAGAGAAUCUUCAAAUUGAAACAUUCGAUAUGGAAGCCCAAACAUUUAUGUUAUUAACUGAAAAGAUGCAAUUUUUAAAGGAAUUAUGGUUAUGUCAUACUUAUAUCACUGAUGUUACGAUAAAAUGUGUGGAAUCUUUAACAAGUGUAAAGAAUUUAUAUAUUAUAGAAAAUGGAAAAUUGACUGGCAAGCAUAUUUACAAUUUCUGCGGCGUGGAAAGGUUAUCACUUAAGGGUUGUACAAAUAUUGCGCCAUGUAAUUUUAAACAAAUUUGUAAAAAUCUUACAAAUUUACGUUAUCUCGAUAUAACCGGUUGUAAUCUAUUGAAAACAGACGAUUUUGAACAUAUUUUAAAGCAUUUAUUACAAUUGGAAAUCGUUAAAUUAUCUACUACUUGGGCAAAUUAUAACAGCAUUGCACAAUUGCCCAAACUAAAGCAAUUAACUAUAACCGAAUCUAGUUUAGCUUCUAUCAGCGUAGAUUUCUUGCAGAAUUUAGCAAAACACCAGGCUCAUCAAUUGCAAGAGUUAAUAUUAGAGGAUACAAGUGUUGUGAAUGUGGCAAUGGCUUCAUUGGUGUCUGAAUUGAAAAACUUAAAAGUUCUUGUUUGCUGUAGCAGUGAUAAUCUCAUCGAUGAAUGUUUGGCGAAACUUGCGAAGCUGACCGCAUUGGAAGAUGUUUAUAUUGAAGACAGCGAAUACAUCACCAAUACAGGAUGCUUACAACUUAUUAAAGGUUGUCACAAACUUAAAAACCUUAACCUGAGAAACUGUGACCUUUUAAAACCUGAUCUUAUACCCAAGGCUCUUAAAAUAUUGCAAGAACAACGUUUAAGUGGCCUGCGCACUGAUUGUGUACAUAUAAUUAUCACGGCCAAACGUACGUUUCAAAUGAUGAUUGAUGAAUAUCUAACAGAAGAUUCUUUAGAUGUGCUCAAAGUAACUUUGAAGAAAGUUACCACAGGCAUUUUCAAUAUUGGUGGUGAAAUCUAUAUAAGAGAAAGCUACCAGGACGAUAAUGUUAGUUUUGAAAUUGUUGAAGUUAGUGAUAACAGUUCUGAAGAAGAUUUCAAUAUGACAGAAAGUUACCAAGAUGAUAAUAUUAGUAUUGAAACUGAUUCUGAUGAUGAUGACGAAGAUGAUGAUGAUUGGUCUGAAGAACAUUUCUAUGAUGAUAACGACGAAGAAGAUUGUGAUGACAAUUUUGAAGAAGAUUGCAAUGAUGCUGUUGAUGAAGAAGAAUGUGAUAAUAAUAUGCCGGUUUUGGCAGAUUUAAAUGACGCUGUUGAAGAAGAUUGUGAUGACAUGUCGUUUUUGGAAGAACAUGAUUUAUAAUUCAAGCAUUUAUAAUAAAACAUUAGUUUUUAAAUACCUUAAAGUAUUACAAUUAAUACAUUAAAUGUAUAGUUUUCAUACAUCAGUGAAGUUUUUUUUGUUUGUUUUUAAUAAAAAAUAAGUUUUGUUUUUUUUAAUGAAUUUUUUGUACCUUAUGUUUAACACCAAAUAUAUAUUUAAUGAAAAAAGAAAA